GAUAUAAUAAGACCUUCUCUUCAGCAAGUCACGCUUCCCUCCAGUUUUUACAAUAUUUUAGGGUUUCUCCUUCAUGUCAACAGCAAAUCGCUUCAACAGCAAGGGAAAUUGUGGAUUGAACUUGAAAAUUUUUCUAUUAAAUUGCAAUUUUUUCUCAAGAUAAUGAGCAAGAAAGUGACACAAGAUAACAAUAGCGAAAAGGCUAAAUGGGAUGCAAAAAUAACAGAAUUGUUUUUAAAUUUAUGUGUGGAAGAAAUUACUGCUGGAAAUCGUCCUGGCACUCAUUUUAGCAGAAUAGGGUGGUCUAACUUGGAGCAAAAAUUUAAUGACAAGACUGGAAAAAACUAUGAUAAGACCAAACUGAAGAACAAAUGGGAUAGUUUGAAACUUAUUUGGAAAGAUUGGGAUACUUUAGUUGGAAAGGAGACUGGCUUAGGAUGGGACUGCGAGAAAAAGAUGGUUCAAGCGAGUGUUGAAUGGUGGAGUAGGAAAAUAAAGGAGAGCCCAAAUGUAGAGAAAUUCAGAGAUAAAGGUUUACAAUGUCGAGAGUUGAUGGAAAUUUGUUUUAAAGAUGUUGUUGCCACUGGCGAACAUGCAUGGGCGCCAUCAUCUGGAGUUUUACCCGAUAACAUACAUGGAAGUAAUUGGUUUCAACCUGAGAAACAAUUUGAGUUUGAAACUCCAACAAGUAAUGAGGAGCUUAUUAUGGAGGAUGACUUAAGAAGUAAUACAGGAGAAGGAUUGGAUCAUAUUAACUUGGAAGAACCAGAAGUAACUGAAAAAAGAGAGACAAAUGAGAGUGGUGAUAAAACUAAAAAAAGGAAGGCAUCAUCAAUUACAACUGAAAAGGAAAAAAGUAAAGUCAGUACUAGUUUAAGGAUCACAUCAUCAAUUGAGAGAAUUGCAGAAGCUGUGGAAUUGCGUUCUGCAAUUAUUGUGGGGUCAAAAGACACUCCACUCAGUAUUAAGAGUGUUAUGGAUGUUGUUCGUAAUUUACCUGGUAUGAUUAUUGGUAGUGAUUUAUGGUGGAAAGCGAGUAUGUUACUAGUCAAGCAAUCAAUGAGAGAAAUGUUUUUAGCACAAGAAGACCCAGAGUUGCAAUUGCUAUGGUUAGAAAAGAUGUUCGAACUACACAAAGACUAGAGAUAUAAGAUGUUUUAGUUUUUGUAAUUAUUUUUUGUGCAUAUUUUGAUUAUCCUAACCUGUUUUUGGGAUCUCUAUGUAACAAUAUAUACAUGAACUGCUUUCCUCGGAGACUAACCUGGAAAAGGAGAAAAGAAAUAGACAGCUUUAGUUAUUGGCAGAAAGAAAAAAAGGCGCUCCCACAAAAGGAAAUGUCUCUACUUAUCGUUGAGGCAUUUGAUUCGUUAGAUUGAAAGAUCAUACCUGUAUGCUUCUUGGGAAUUUCAAAUCCUUGUGUAAUAUAUUUGAGAAUGUCUUUUGCCUUGUCUUUCCCCUGAAUGGUGUGUAACCAUACAGCAUUUCAUGUAAAAGAAUGCCUGCUAAACAUUUCAUGUAUAUAAGUUGUUAUUAAUUAUGUAAUGUUUGUUUGGAAAUGAAGUUCUUAUUAGAUAA